UUGCUGUCCAUAAUCCCUGUUCACUCAUGUUGCUCCCAAAGGGCAAAGGGCAAAUCUGUCCUAUACCUUAUAAAUUCAGUAGAGAAAUAUGACCACAGAAAUAAAUUUGGCAAAGUUGCAGGUUUGUUAAUUACGCAGAGCAAUGAGUGGCCAUGUAGAAGAUCUCAGCCCUAAACAGGCUGCAGCUCUGGAAGAGUUGUGUGAAAGAAUUAAAGAUGUGUAUGCCCAGCUUCCUAAUCAAAGUGACAAUUACCUGCUUCGCUGGCUCCGAGCUAGAAGCUUCAAUGUCCUAAAGGCUGAAGCAAUGCUUAGAAAGCAUUUGGAAUUUCGCAAGCGUUUGAAAGUAGAUUCUAUCCUAGAAGACUGGAAACCACCAGAGGUAAUUGAGAACUACAUGUCUGGUGGGAUGUGUGGCUAUGAUCGAGAGGGAAGUCCAGUCUGGUAUGAUAUAAUUGGCCCUCUUGAUCCAAAAGGUCUUCUCAUGUCUGCCACCAAGCAAGACUACAUAAGGACCAAAAUUAGAGACUGUGAGCUACUGCGAAAAGAGUGUUUGAAACAGUCUGAAAGGCUUGGGAAAGCUGUGGAAUCAAUCACUCUUAUUUAUGAUUGUGAAGACCUUGGCCUGAAACAUAUCUGGAAGCCUGCAGUUGAAGCAUAUGGAGAAAUUCUUACCAUGUUUGAGGAAAACUAUCCUGAGGGCCUUAAGAGGGUUCUUCUUAUUAAAGCGCCUAAACUCUUUCCUAUUGCGUACAACUUGAUUAAACCGUUCCUGUGCGAAGAAACCCGGCGAAAAAUUAUCAUCGUUGGCUCUAACUGGAAGGAAGUACUGCAGAAAUACGUAGUACCAGACCAGCUGCCUGUGGUCUACGGAGGCACUUUGACAGAUCCGAAUGGGAACCCCUACUGUAAAACUAUGAUUAAUUAUGGAGGUGUCGUGCCUAAAUCCUACUACAUUAAAGAUUCUGUUGAUGUGCAGUAUGAAAAGUGUGUUACCAUCAGCCGGGGUUCCGACCACCAACUGGAAUGUGAAGUCCUUGUCCCUAACUGCUUACUAAGAUGGCAGUUCACUAGUGAUGGUGGUGAUAUUGGCUUUGGCAUCUACAUGAAGACAAAAAAAGGAGUAAAACAGAAAAUCACAGAAAUGCAAGAGGUGUUGCCAAAUACACGUUAUAAUGCACAUCUGGUGCCAAUGGAUGAAUCGUACACAUGUGACGAACCAGGCAUUUAUGUGGUACGAUUUGAUAACUCUUACAGUAUUCUUCAGUCAAAGAAGAUAAGCUUCACGGUGGAUGUUGUUCUACCUGAAAUACACACUCAGAACAUGGAGGAACAGGCAUGACUUGAGAGUGCUGUAUGUAUUCUAUAUGAGACAAGAUUUCUGUCAAGUAUUGAUCACCAGUGUACCUUAAUAUGAAGUGCAAACCUGACAUAUGCCACAAUACCCAGAAAGCCUUGCCAGUGUAGAGGAAAGGGCCCGGGACGUACUGUGACCCUGACCAGGAAAAAACAAUUGCUGAAAAUGAUUGAAUUAAUAUAUAAAUUAAUGAAUAAUAACAUAAUUAAUUAAUUGUAAGAAUACACAUGCCAUUUGGAUUUGAUAGCGGGAGACUUGAAUAUUGUCUAGAUAACAUUCAAAGCAUUUGAUGUUUUUGUUUGUUUGUUAAUUCAGUGUUGUCUUCUGUAAGGAAGGCAUGUACAUUAAUUGAAUGAAACACUCAUCAAAUAUUCAUAUGCUCUGCUCAUCUUAAAAAUUAAUGUUGAUAAUUUUAGCAUUGAAAGUUUUGCAUUGUCUCAGUUUAGGAUGACAUCUUCCCCAAUGUUCUUUGUGAAAAAAUAAAUAAGCUUUAUUUGACUUGGACUACAAAGACUAUGUACUGUAGUUAAUUUGUUAAUCAAUUGUGCCAUAUAUAUGUCUUUGAUAUAGACCUCAAAUGGCACUCCAAUAUUUGAGUUUGACAUAAUGUUUUGCCUAUUAUACAGUGGUUACAUUAAACCUUCACUGUUCUGAAGUAUUAAAUCCUCACUAUCUGUGCUUAACUCAACCAAAUAUUGUAUUGUCCACACACCAGCACACAAUGGAUAUAAUAAUUCUUCUGCCAAUGCAGGUUUUUAUGACGGAAAAACAUUUAACUGAGUUAAAUCAUAUCAUUUCUGCUCACUUUAAUGUGAUACAGCAACCAUUACAUUUUGGAAGGGGCAAAAAAGAAAAGUGUAUAACAAUAAACAUAGCUAGUACUUUGA